GAGAAAGGCGUCCCGAGAGCGGAGAUGGCGCUGCACGUUCCCAAGGCUCCGGGCUUUGCUCAGAUGCUGAAGGAAGGGGCGAAGCAUUACUCAGGAUUGGAGGAGGCAGUGUAUCGAAACAUUCAGGCAUGUAAAGAGCUUGCUCAAACAACUCGUACAGCUUAUGGACCAAAUGGAAUGAACAAAAUGGUUAUCAACCAUUUGGAAAAGCUGUUUGUUACUAAUGACGCUGCUACUAUUUUAAGAGAAUUAGAGGUUCAGCACCCUGCUGCAAAAAUGAUUGUCAUGGCUUCUCACAUGCAAGAGCAAGAAGUUGGUGAUGGAACAAAUUUUGUGCUUGUUUUUGCUGGAGCUCUCUUGGAACUUGCGGAAGAACUCCUAAGAAUGGGACUUUCUGUUUCAGAGGUCAUUGAAGGCUACGAAAAAGCUUGUAAAAAAGCACUAGAGAUUCUUCCUGAUCUGGUGUGCUGCUCCGCAAAAAAUCUUCGGGACGCUGAAGAAGUGGCAUCUUUGCUGCAUACUUCAAUAAUGAGUAAACAGUGUGGCAAUGAAAUGUUUCUGUCUAAGCUUAUUGCACAGGCAUGUGUGUCUGUUUUUCCUGAGUCGGGCCAUUUCAAUGUUGAUAACAUCCGAGUAUGCAAGAUCGUAGGUUGUGGUAUUUGUGCCUCUACAGUAUUGCAUGGCAUGGUUUUUAAAAAAGAAACUGAAGGUGAUAUUACCUCUGUCAAAGAUGCUAAAAUAGCUGUAUAUUCUUGUCCUUUUGAUGGUAUGAUAACGGAGACCAAGGGAACAGUACUGAUCAAGAAUGCUGAAGAAUUGAUGACUUUCAGCAAAGGAGAAGAGAACUUAAUGGAACUGCAAGUCAAAGCUAUUGCUGAUGCUGGUGCAAAUGUUGUGGUAUCUGGUGGGAAAAUAGCAGACAUGGCUCUUCAUUAUGCUAACAAAUACAAUCUCAUGGUAGUCAGGCUGAAUUCUAAAUGGGAUCUCAGGAGACUGUGUAAAACAGUUGGUGCUUCAGCCCUCCCCAGACUGACACCGCCUAAUCAAGAAGAAAUGGGUCAUUGUGAUAAUGUUUAUUUGUCAGAAGUUGGAGAAACACAAGUAGUUGUGUUUAAACAUGAAAACGAAGAUGGUGCCAUUUCUACUAUACUAAUUCGUGGUUCUACAGACAAUCUCAUGGAUGAUGUGGAGCGAGCAGUUGAUGAUGGUGUCAAUACAUUCAAAGUGCUCACUCGGGAUAAGCGCUUUGUUCCAGGUGGUGGUGCAACAGAGAUUGAGUUGGCUAAGCAGAUCACUUCAUAUGGAGAGACUUGUCCAGGUCUUGAUCAGUAUGCUAUCAAGAAGUUUGCUGAGGCGUUUGAAAUAAUACCCCGUGCUCUGGCAGAAAAUUCUGGGGUUAAGGCGAAUGAACUCAUUUCCAAACUCUACGCAGUACAUCAAGAAGGCAACAAAAAUGUUGGGUUUGAUAUUGAGGCUGAAGCUGCGGCUGUGAAAGACAUGUUAGAAGCUGGUGUAUUAGACACAUACCUUGGCAAACAUUGGGGUAUCAAGCUGGCUACAAAUGCUGCAGUCACUGUCUUAAGAGUUGAUCAGAUUAUUAUGGCAAAAGCAGCAGGUGGUCCAAAAGCCCCUAAAUCACCAGGACACUGGGACAAGGAUGACUGGAAAGAUGAUCAUGAACAGUAGUGUGGAAUCAUCAUGGCAAAACCAGCGGGUGGGCCCAAGCCUCCAUCAGGGAAGAAAGAUUUGGACGAUGACCAAAAUGACUGAGGUGUUACUGCAGUUCCUGAGCAGAUUGUGCAUUAGUGUUGAUCACCUAAAUU